GAGCUGGGAACCAUCCAGAGAGCAGCAUGGAUCUCCGAGGGGCACUCAUUGAAUGGGCAAAGGACAUGUCCAGCAAAAAGCACGUCUUUCGGAUCCGGACUGUGACCGGGAAUGAGUUCUUGUUGCAGUCGGAGAAUGAGGAUUACAUUAGCGACUGGUACAGGACCAUCAAGUGCGUCAUCGACACCCUGGAUCUGGAAAACCCCCUGAACUACCCGCUGGUGUACUCGCUGCGGAGGACCGCCAGCGCGGAGCUCUCCGAGCGGAAGAGGGUGAAGAAUCGGAUUCGGAAAUUCAUCAGCAAGAGGCCACCGCUCCAGACACUUCAUGAGAAAGGACUGAUCAAAGUUUCCAGUUGGAUGCCACGCAGUAAAUGUCACGGUUACUGGGUAUGA